AUGGACAUUUUUCGAAAGCUAGCUGGCGGAGGCGCUCGCUUCGACAAGAAACGUUUUCAAAACGAUCUCAAGAUCUUCGGAGGCGCCGCUGACGAGCAAGCUUCCACUUUGACGCCGAGCAGCGCCGCUUCAUCGAGCAACGUAUCUGGUAGUAAGAGGAAGCGGACAGAUGGGUCUGCUGUAGCUGGAAAUGAUGGAAAGGGCGCGAGUGGGGCUAAGGUGAUUGUGCCGGACGGAUUGGACUUUUUUGGCUCGGCGGCGAAGACUAAAUCUACUACGUCGGCGGCUGAGCGCGAGGAAAGGCAGAGCAGGAAGGAUGGGAAGCGCAAAGCGGACGAAAAGCUCGGUUCGGAUAUGGAUGAUGAUGACGAAGAAGAAAGGCAUACGGAUGAAGCACCUGUGACGAAAGCAUCGUUGAGCGGAUUCCUCAAGCUAAACAAGAUCAAACUCAAAGGAACCGAUGUGCCACUGCCGAUGGCGUCGUGGUCAGAGCUAGAAGCACGCUUCAACGUCGCGUCUUGGCUACGCACCAACCUGGAAAAGUGCGGAUGGGCGGUUCCUACAGCAAUUCAGAAGGGUACCAUGCCUGUGCUACUCGCCAAUCGCGAUCUUCUGGCCGGAGCACCAACAGGAUCCGGUAAAACACUCGCCUUUCUCCUGCCACUCAUCCACCACCUUCGUACGCCUUGCAGGAAGGAGCAUUUCCGAGCUGUGAUCGUCUCGCCCACGCGCGAACUCGCACAACAGAUCUACGACCAGCUUCGUCGCCUCAGCGAAGGACAAAAUUUCCGCAUCUGCGUACUCACCUCGACGUCUGACGCCACCGCUGUGGCCAACUCGUCCUCGGCGGAUGCAAGCAAACGCAAAAAGUACGAUGUGCUCAUCACGACGCCUCUGCGACUGGUUCAUGCGAUCGAAAAGGAGCAAGUCGAGCUGAGCAACGUGCGGCACUUGGUGCUGGAUGAAGCAGAUCGGUUGUUGGAAGAUGGAUUCUUGCAGCAGACAGAUUCCAUCUUGGCGGCAUGUUCGCAUCCACAAUUACGCAAAGCGUUGUUCUCAGCAACACUGCCAGCGGGCGUCGAAGAGAUGGCCAAGACUUUUAUGAUCGACGAAUGUCGUGUCAUCGUCGGCACCAAAGAUUCGGCCACCGAAACCAUCCAACAGGAACUGCAAUUCGUCGGUUCCGAAGAUGGCAAGCUCCACGCUUUGCGAUCAUUGAUCCUGCAGGGAGGUCUCAAACCUCCUGUGCUGCUCUUUGUACAGUCGAUCGAACGAGCGAAAGAUCUGUUCCACGAGCUCGUCUACGACGGUCUACACGUCGACGUGAUCCACUCGGAGCGACCCAAACUGCAGCGCGAGCGCGUCAUCAGCGCCUUCAAGCGUGGCGACAUAUGGGUAUUGAUCUGCACAGAACUUAUGGCUCGCGGUAUCGAUUUCAAGGGUGUUCAACUCGUCAUCAAUUACGACUUCCCGCAAUCGGUGCAGUCGUACAUCCAUCGAAUCGGCCGAACAGGAAGGGCGGGCAAGCAAGGCCGAGCCAUCACAUACUUUACAAAAGAGGACGCUCCCCAUCUGAAGACGGUCGUCAAUGUGAUGAGGCAAAGCGGAUGCGAGGUGCCAGAGUGGAUGCUCGCCUUGAAGAACCCAGGCAAAAAGGACAGGAAGAGCUUGAAGAACAACGCGCCAGAGAGAAAGCACAUCAGGACAAGCGCAGCGAGCAGUGUGGGCAGGAGACAGGCGAAUAAGCGCAAGGAGAUGAUCGCUGCUAGCAAGAGGAGAAAGUUGGCAGAGCGAGAGGACAACGACAAGGGCAAAGCCAAGGAGAAGGUCAAGUCAAAGGAGCAGCAUGAGGCGUGA